UUCUGCCACGUCUUCCACAAACUCCUGCGGGACGGCCACUCGAACGUCCUGAAAGACUCCUUGAGAUACAAGAAUGAGCUGAGCGACAUGAGCAGGAUGUGGGGCCACCUGAGUGAGGGCUAUGGACAGCUGUGCAGCAUCUACCUCAAACUGCUGAGAACCAAGAUGGAGUUUCACACCAAGAAUCCCCGCUUCCCCGGCAAUCUCCAGAUGUCUGACCGGCAGCUUGACGAGGCGGGGGAGAACGACGUCAACAAUUUUUUUCAGCUGACGGUGGAGAUGUUUGACUAUCUGGAGUGUGAGCUAAACCUCUUCCAGACUGUGUUCAGUUCCCUGGAUAUGUCGCGCUCAGUGUCGGUGACGGCCGCGGGGCAGUGCCGUCUGGCCCCGCUCAUCCAGGUGAUCCUGGACUGCAGCCACCUUUACGACUACACCGUCAAGCUGCUCUUCAAGCUCCACUCCUGUCUGCCGGCAGAUACGCUGCAGGGCCACCGGGACCGCUUCUUGGAGCAGUUCAGAAAGCUGAAGGACCUCUUCUACCGCUCCAGCAACCUGCAGUACUUCAAGCGGCUGAUUCAGAUCCCACAGCUGCCGGAGAACCCUCCCAAUUUCCUGCGUGCCUCGGCGCUGUCAGAGCACAUCAGCCCUGUGGUGGUCAUCCCUGCCGAGGCAUCCUCACCUGACAGUGAGCCCAUCACAGACCUGGUGGAGAUGGACACGGCCUCACAGAGCCUGUUUGACAAUAAAUUCGAUGACAUCUUCGGCAGCUCUUUCAGCAGCGACCCCUUCAACUUCAGCAGCCAGAACGGGAUGAAGAAGGAUGACAAGGACCGGUUAAUUGAGCAGCUUUAUGGGGAGAUCGCAGCCCUGAAGGAGGAGCUGGAGAACUUCAAGGCCGAGGUGGGUGACAACCAUGCAAUAGUGG